GUGCGUUGUGGCCGGCUGCCGGUCAAUGAGGGCCUGUUCCCAGCCUACCGCCCCUUGGCCACUAAACCGUCCUUUGCUCUACCCAAGUCCCGAUUAAUUCAGUCCAGUCAGCGACGCGGGGAGGUAGUCGGCGAGGGCCGCUUAGAAGCGGGCUCCACGCGCUGCUGCAGGCCGCCGCGCUGACAGAGCUAAGCGGAGCCGUUACUCAGCACGUCCCCGGCGUUCGAACGGCGGCGGUUGGGGGGGGCCUGACGGGGCCGCAGCCCCCAGAGGGACCCGGACGCGGCCACGCUACAGGACCAACGUCAGACGGAGGCAGAAUAGAAGAUGAAUAAUCUUUCCUUUAGCGAACUGUGUUGCCUGUUCUGUUGUCCACCAUGCCCAGGGAAAAUUGCUUCCAAACUGGCAUUUUUACCUCCCGAUCCUACUUACACACUGAUGUGUGAUGAGAGUGGUAGUCGCUGGACUCUACAUCUUUCAGAACGAGCAGACUGGCAGUACUCCUCUAGAGAAAAAGAUGCCAUUGAGUGUUUCAUGACUAGAACCAGCAAAGGUAACAGGAUUGCCUGUAUGUUUGUGCGUUGCUCACCUAACGCCAAAUAUACUUUGCUCUUCUCGCAUGGAAAUGCUGUUGACCUAGGUCAGAUGAGCAGUUUUUACAUAGGACUGGGUUCACGGAUUAACUGCAACAUAUUCUCAUAUGAUUAUUCUGGAUAUGGCGCAAGUUCUGGGAAACCAACAGAGAAGAACCUGUAUGCUGACAUUGAUGCUGCUUGGGUGGCUCUUAGGACAAGGUACGGAAUCCGCCCUGAAAAUGUGAUUAUAUAUGGCCAAAGUAUAGGAACGGUACCCUCUGUGGAUCUCGCUGCUCGGUAUGAGAGUGCUGCUGUAAUUCUUCAUUCUCCUUUGACCUCGGGAAUGCGAGUAGCCUUUCCUGAUACAAAGAAGACCUACUGCUUUGAUGCAUUCCCAAACAUUGACAAAAUUUCUAAAAUAACAUCGCCAGUGUUAAUAAUCCAUGGGACUGAAGAUGAAGUAAUUGACUUUUCGCAUGGCUUAGCAUUAUUUGAGCGUUGCCAGAGACCUGUAGAGCCACUGUGGGUAGAAGGAGCAGGCCAUAAUGAUGUGGAGCUUUAUGGACAGUACCUUGAACGAUUGAAACAGUUUGUAUCACAGGAACUGGUGAAUUUGUAAAGUACUUUAUAUAUUUACAUGCUUUUUCAUUUCACUGCAGAACUGCACACUUUGAUAAAUACUAACAUAAAACCUGAAGGUUUUGUUUUCAAAUCAUGUCAGUUGCCUUCAUAAAUGUACAGGUAAUGAUUUGUGAACAUAAUUAAUGAAGGUUUUAAUACCAGUAUUAUAAACUGGAAUAACACGAUCAUGCAGUUCAGCUUCUGUAGUUCGUAUACUAUGUGUGAGUUUUUUUCUUUUUAGAUGUACAAAAUAUCACAGAGUACUGUAUGAAAUUUUAAUUAUGUAAAAUCAGAUGCUGUAAAAGUGUUGCCAAAUGCUUUAGCAUAUCAAACAAAUUUAUAAAUAUUUUUUAAACAUCUCAAAAUGUACUGUGACUUAUUCUGUUGCACAGGUGUACACUAAAAAUCAGACUUGUAAACAGCUGUACUUGUAAAAAUACCAAAAGCCAUGAGAUUUAAGCAAAUAUGUAAUGAAAACAUAGACACUCACUGGAAUUGGCCCAGGCCCUGUUUUAUAGGGAACGGGUCAAAACAAGAUUUUUCUUUUUUUUUUUUUUUUUUGUGCUACCGUGCAUUAUAUCUGAUGUCUUGUGGUUAAUUUGUUGUUUUGUUUGGUUUUCUUUUUUAACUUGGAAGAUGAGGUUUACAUCUGCCCACUCAUCUGUUCCUUAGCUAAACAAGUUAUUCUGUAAAAUGAAGUCCUAAAAUACCACUGUUAUAACAAAUUUCAUUCACAUGCUCACUACUGAGGUAUAACUAAAUAUUUUAGUGGUUUAUUUGAAACCAGUAAGGUAUUUAGAGCUAGUUUUAAAUGUCUAUUCUAUAGAGAUGCAGUAUAUGGAUAGAAAGAAUCCUGGAAGUUUUGUCUAACUUCGUAAUGAACAAAAUGCAAGCUUGCCGUUGUCAGUUCAGGUUUACUUUUGGGUGUUUAUGAGCCUGCAACCUAUUGUUUUUAUUACUGUAUGAGAAUUUUACUAAUCCGCUCCUGAACAGUGAAGGAGAACGUUGACACUUUUUUGUAUUAACUCAUAGUAAAAUACAUUUUGUAAGUUGCCUUUCCCUUGAAUGAGUUUUGCUUGAAUAAAACUAUGAAAGAUAAUGACAAACUUAAAAUUAUAUGUAGCCUAGUAAUAUUCCAACAAUACGCACUGUGCUUCUAAUUUUAAGGCCUUACGUAGUUUGUUCUGCUUGUUUUUGUGAUUGUCCAAGACUACUGUGUAAUUAAAUGUAUUAUCAAAUAUUGUGAAUGAUUUGGUUCAGAUGUGUUAAGUAACAGUAAAUAAUAUUAUGCAAUUUGCUGCUGUUUAUUUUUUUCUGAAAAACUUCAAUAUACUAAACAACUAUCUGGCUACUAACUAUAAAAGGAGACUGCGAUUUCUGAAGAAGAUCAUCUGCAGGCUGUUUUUUCAGAGGCCUCCUUCACAAAACCAGGGAUAUGGUAUGUUUGCCAGCAAAGAUCCUGGGCAGUGUUGCUUCCCACAGAUAGUUGAUGACAAACUGUCAUAACUUGGGCAGUCGUCCUCGUUCUGAGUUUUAUGCUGGGGGACAUAGCAGCUCAGAACUGGAAGGACACAAAGACAGAUUAAAGCCACCUUAGCCCCACUUCUCCCUGGACUGUGAGUUUAAGCCAUUUUGCCUGUAAUGUUUAGUACCCAAUUUGCAUAGCUGUCUCAUUACACUCCUAGGCAGUGGAGAAUUGGACUCUUGAGUGCAAUUACACAUGGUUAUCUUCAGCUCUAUUCUGAUCUCUAUUUUUUAAUGUAGAUUCUUUCAUGAAAGAUGAUUACUGAAGCAUUUAAUAUACUGUAUAUGUAAUAAAAGCUAUGUAGCAUAUUCAUUC